CUAUGCCACUGAACCUUAUAAAUAUACAUAUGCUAGGGUUAGGGUUAGUCAUCAAACCGCAUAAAGCUAGGUAGCUUUUCCUUUUCUUUUCUCUCUUUUCUGUUUUCCAUGGUAGCUUAAUUCACAAGGAGAGCUACCUUUUUCUUCUAGCUUUCUUUCUGGUGUUGGAUGCGAAAACCAUUUCCAAUAUUUUCAAUAUUUUCAUCACAGUAGGGAGGAACUAGGGUUUCCAAGGGAUGAAGAAACGUCAAGUAGUGAUGAAAAGUGGAAGAAGUUCUACUACUUCGUCUUCGACGAUUAGAAACGUGAGAUACGGGGAGUGCCAGAAAAAUCACGCGGCCAAUAUCGGAGGAUAUGCUGUGGAUGGCUGCCGAGAGUUCAUGGCAAGCGGCGCGGAGGGGACGACUGGGGCUCUAACAUGCGCGGCUUGUGGUUGCCACAGGAACUUCCACAGAAAGGAAGUAAACACUGAGGUAGUCUAAAACAAUGGAAAGCUGGAUGCUUAUCAUGGCCCAGUUCAUGUUGAAUUUUAAUUCUUUUCUUGCUUCUGAAGCAUGAACCGUCCAGGCAAUCUAUUGCAAGUUAUGUUUAAAUAUUCAGUUUGAUGAGGAUGGUUCUUUAAUUAUUUUGCAACUCGGAAGUAUCAACAUGCAGUGCAAUGACUGCCUCGCGGAAAGAGGAAAAGAAAGAAGCUAAUUGAUUUGAAUGAAUGUAUCUUAGCUUUAAACCUCUUUCAUAUAGUUGAUUAGGUGAAAUGACAAAGUCAAGCUAUAAACGUGUUAGUUUCAUUUGUUGUAGAAACAGCUCAGACUCCUUUUCAAUGGAUUCUAGAACCAUUAUUUUUCAAACACCUAAACUUUUUGUUCAUGAUCUAUACUCUGGAAUUCUAGUGAUUCUAAUUUGUUCUUGCUUCAUGUUCUUAGCUUCAUUCACAACAUA